AUGAUAUAUUUCUAUCUAGUUAUUAUAAUAGUUAUCCAAUUAAGAAUAUGUAAAGAAUAUAAGUUCAAAUAUGCUAGUAACACAGAGCUAUUGGUAGAAAGGGUUAAAAGAGGGAAAGAAGCAUUUGAUGAAAUAUUGAAAGCGAAAAGAAAGGCUGAAGAAGAAUAUCAAAAGAAAAAAAAGAGAAAUAAGAACUACGCAGAAAAUGAAGGGAGUGGAUAUAGUGAAGAGAAUGAAGACAAUCAAGAUAACAUAUAUGUACAGGAAAUAAAAUGUUAUGAAUAUGUACUAGAUCAGCUAAAUAAUUUAAAUAUGUACAACUGUAAUGAAAUAAACGAAAAUAAUAAAUCAUUACUAGCCUUAGCUAAAACGAAAUGUAUUUUUGUUAAAUCAACAAGAAAAUUUCCAGAUGAAAAAAUUGGUUGUGAAUUAAAUACAAAAAAGUUAAACAAAUUACAAAUAUAUUUAUAUAAUAACAAUUUAUUUGAUCAAUUUCAAAAUGUGCAUUUUGCUAAAACGUUAAGUUUAGAUGAAUUAAGAAAAAUUGAAAGAAUAGAGAAUCCAUGUUCUAUUAAUGAUAACAAAGAAGAGUAUAAAGUCUACCCAAACAAUAAAAGAGAAAACUCAUAUAUAAGUUCAAGUAAAGGGGAAGUAUAUACUUAUGAUAAGAAUAACUAUGACUAUAAUACUUUUGUGCCACGGGAAAGCAUAUUCGAUGAAAAUGCCAAUAUAAAAAAAAAAUUAUGUGAAAAUUUAAAAUAUAAAAUUAUAACAAAUUGCACAUCCACUAACAACAUGUCCGAUACUGCUUUUCAAAUUUAUCACGCUGAGUUAAACCAUAUCGAUGAUAUUUGUUUUUAUAUACAAUCCAUUGAGUGGAACAAACGAACAGAAGAAAAUAUUAACAGGCUAGCAGAAACCUCUCUAUACAUAACCAAACAGAUGACAACGAAUUUAGAAAACAUGAAAUUAAUAGAACACGCUCAAGUAAAACAAAUAGAAAACACAAACAGAUUUGACAGUUUUUUACAAGGCCUUAAAAAUGACUUCAGCGAGAUUAUACAAAUUUUAUUAAAAAUAAAAUAUCAUCAUGAAUCUAUUACUAAGUUUGUGAGGGGAUUUAAGCUGAUUGUAAUAUAUCUGUUCAUCGCAUUACUAGUUCUACUUAUAACUUCACGCAGUAAUGUGCAUACCUGUAGGAGGAAAAUUAUUUUUUGUGUGAUUAUUUGUUGUAUAACCGAACUCAUCUUCAAAAAAAUAAUUACUCUCAUUAAAAAAUACGUGCUCCUGAGAGUUAACGAGAAUUUAGUUAAUUAUUCAGUGAAAGGAAUAAGAUACACUUUUGUGCUGAUUGGUCUUAAAAUUUUAAUCACCACAAUAAUAUCAUACCGGGAACCAGUGAAAAUAAUAGAGGAAGAACUGAGGCAAAUAAAGAAACUUGUCGAAAAAAAUGAACAACAUCAUAACACCUUUAGAGAAUUAAAAAGACAAAACGAAAAAAGCAUUCAAGAAAUAGAUCAAGAAACAGUUAAUGUGUUAAAUUUAUGGUUAAAUUAUAACGACUAUCUUGAUUCUAUAUAUAUGGAUGAUGAAGAUUUCAAUAUAAAUUCACGCAGUGAUUCUGAAUAUAGCAGCUCAGAGACUUCCCUUGCUAGCGAGGAUUUUACUUCAAAGGAAAUGGACGAACCAAAUGAAGAACCUAUUGGAAUAAGAAUAAAAAUGCUACAUAGAAAAAAUCGCCCAAUGUUUUUCCAUUAUUUUCCUUCACCAGCAAAUAUUAAGGCGUAUACGGAAAGCCCAAUCUCUUUCACGAAUAUUGUAGAGCACAAUCAUAAUGAAAGAAUGCGAAUGAGAGAAUUCAGAAUCAAAAAUUUCGAUACCGAUGAUAACACUAAUAAUAAUGAAACAAUAAUUUUAGAAAAUGAUAACCAGAACACAACUUUAGACUUCUGUGAUUUAAAUGAACAAGAUGUAAAAAUAAAAAAAUUUUACUCAGUUGAAGGUUUUUAA